GAACGGUGCAGCGGUGUUAUUGUUCCUACCCGUCUUUCAUAAUGCUAAUUCGUUGUUUGGCUAGCUAGCUAACUAACUUAGCUAGCUGUCAUCCUGUUUUAAUUAUUAAUUAUCUUUUAAUUUAAUUUACAUGUGGUUUCUGACAGAUGGAUUCUUUAGACCAUAUGCUAACAGACCCCUUAGACUCAGGGAUGGACUAUGAUCGCUGUGUGAUGGAGGAGUGCAUGUUGGGAAACUGCAGAGUCCGGAUACCAGAAGAUUUUCUAGAAGAUCCUGAGAUUUUCUUCUCUGUGAUGAGUGAAAGCACCUGGUCUGAGGUUCUGACUGAUGCCCAGAGACAACAUCUCCGCCAGCUCCUACCACACUUUCCAGAAAAUAACAGUUUAGAGCAGGACAGGGUCAUUAGUGACCUCUUCAAAGGCCAGAACUUCUGCUUUGGAAACCCUCUGCAGCUUGCCCAGAAGCUAUUCAGAGAUGGCUACUUUAACCCGGAAGUGGUCAAGUACAGACAGCUCUGUGCAAAGUCCCAGAAGAAGCGUCAAAUCUACUGUCUCCAGCAGUACUACCACAAACUGCUCAAGCAGAUCCUCGUCUCCAGAAAGGAGUUAAUGGACAUGGCUGUUCGCAGUGGGCCAGAGCUGGCUGUGAAAAGGCGUUACCCCCCUCCUUCCCACAGAGAGGAGCGAGAGCAGCAUGUGAAGCGUAGAGUGAGACGUAUACUGCAGGAGGUGAAGACUGAGUGUGGGGACAGCAAUGUGUCCUCUGAUGAAGAUGACACGUCGUCUUGGCUGUCAACGCCUCCAUCCCCGUCUUCGCCGACCCCUACAGUAUCUCUCAGGGUUCUGCCCAGUCUCUUCACCCAGGACAUGAAAACUAUAGAUAAGCCAGAGCUAGGAGAGAAGGACUUGAAGGCCAUGCUGAGAAGACACAGAGAGAAGAGGAAAAGACAACCAGAUCAUCCUGACUUCAUGACAUCAGACUUGCACCUUGGUGACAUCAUGUCACGAGUAAAUAUCAGCAGAAAAGGAUCCAAUAUGGCUUUAAUUGACUUGGCCUUGUCUAAGAAGGAGAUGAGGGAAGAGAAAAGGAAGAAAAAGUUGCGACCUAUUAAAACCGAAUCCGACGACGGCUGUGAGGGUCAGACACCUGUGGCCUCUUUGUCUGCCACCAUUAGCGACAGCACACCUGCUCUCUUGCAGAGCGUUAAGGAAGAAGCUAUGGAGGAGUCCCAGAACAGCCCUGACACUGUGGAGGGAAUAGCCAUUAGUUUCUUUCAUCUGCUGGAAGACAUCCUUAGACAGGAGAACCUGGCAUCAUCUUCACUGAUUGAGGAGAAAGUACAACAGUGGCAGGCCUCUACUGCUAGUGCGCUCAACCCCUGGUUCUCCAUGGCCCCCUGUUGGUCAGACCUAACUAUACCCGCUCUACACUUCUUAGCUGGGGACACUGGCUCUAUGGCUUUACCUAGUGGCUUCACUCCAUAUGUGGAAUUCAGAGAGCUUACCCAGCAGUGGAAAUGGAUUGGACUUAUUCAAGAUAGUGAAAAGGAUCUCAAUGCUCUUUGCAUACUUUGGCUGGAGUCAAAGGACCAGGCUGUAGUCAAGCAAGAAGGAGAAGAAGCAGCAGAACUGACUCCUCCAGCUCCCAGAGUAUGGACUGAUUAUGUAGUGAGGCCCAGCACAGGAGAGGAGCGGCAAGUUUUUCAAGAGCAGGAGCAGCAACGCUACGACCAGCCUCACAAAGCCUUCACAUUCCGCAUGCAUGGCUUUGAGUCAGUGGUUGGACCAGUCAAGGGAGUUUUUGAUAAGGAGACGUCCCUGAACAAAGCUCGUGAGCACUCACUGCUGCGCUCUGAUCGGCCAGCCUAUGUCACUAUCCUCUCACUGGUGCGGGACGCAGCUGCCAGACUGCCCAAUGGUGAAGGCACCCGUGCUGAGAUCUGCGAGCUACUAAAAGACUCCCAGUUCUUGGCUCCGGAUGUCACCAGUGCACAGGUGAACACAGUUGUUAGCGGUGCUCUCGACCGCUUGCACUAUGAGAAGGACCCAUGCGUGAAAUACGACAUUGGCCGUAAGCUUUGGAUCUACCUACACAGGGACAGGAGUCAGGAGGAGUUUGAGAGGAUCCACCAGGCCCAAGCGGCUGCAGCCAAAGCACGAAAAGCUCUGCAGCAGAAACCCAAACCAACCCCCAAGCCUAAGUCUGGAAACAAGGAAGCAGCUGUGAAAAACAGUGCUACAGAAGGGCAGAGCUCAGCGCCAGAAGGGGUUUCUAUACCCAAUGUCAGCUUACCUCAACCCCCCAGCACACCAACACCAAGUACCCCAGGCACACCAAAAUCUCCACUACCACCUACUGUGUCUACACCAACCAAAGCAGGCGUGCCAGAUCCAGUCAAAACCAGUCCUAGUGUCCUGCUGGUGUCUCCUCCCUCCAUGCCUCAGCUGGGCACUUUGCUGUCUGCCGCUCAGGUUGCUCCUCAGGUCUCCCAGCAGGCCUCAGUGCAGCCUGCAACUCGAGUUGUUGCUCAUUCAGCUUCAACAGGGUCUCUGCCGCAGGUGCGUUUGGUCACUACCCAGCCAGGCCUCCCUGCUGCUUCUGCGGGCCAGGCAGCCACACUGAUCCACCACCAGACCCCCCACCAUAUCAGACUGCCUGUCAGUGUAGCCCACACUAAGGGCAUUGCUCAGGCUAUGGUGACUGUGCCUUUGAGGAGCCAGUCCACGGGAAGUCCUAUCCAGGUUCAGGCUUCAAGAGGUCAAACUGGCAUAUCUGUGCCAGGCCUGGCUUCUGCUGUUGCUGUCAGUAAAGCUCAGAGCAGUUCACCAGGAAGCCCUGCUACCAACACCCCAUCUCCCGCAGUGCUGCAAGGGGUCAGCAGCCAGAACAUCAUCAAACAGGUUGCUAUUACCGGUCAACUUGGUGUGAAAGCCCAGAACACUACAGGCAUUCCACUGACUACCACCAACCUCCGAAUUCAGGGAAAAGAUGUGCUGCGCCUGCCACCCUCUUCAAUCACCACAGACGCUAAAGGACAGACGGUAUUGCGUAUUACCCCAGAUAUGAUGGCUACACUCAAACUCACCCCUGACAUGCUGGCCAGCGCCAGCGGCACCAGUGCUAAAGGUAUUUCUGCCACCUUGCAUGUGACCCCACAGCAAGCCCCACCUACUGUUUCAUCCAACCCUGUCCCCACAGCCACUGCUGAGGCCCUUACUGCCAAAGCAUCCUCUUCCCUGCCAGCACCAGGCACUGCUACCCUGGUAAAGGCCACAUGUGAUGCCGCUAUCCGCCUCAUGCCCGCCCUGGCCGUCACCAUGGCAGACCCCAAAGCCCGCACCUUCUCUACUGUCACCUCCUCAGACUCAAAAGCUGCCGGGACCACCAUUCGCAUUGUGCCCAGCCUGGGAGUGAUACCACAGAAACAGGGGCAGACGGUUCCAGUCACCACCACCAACAGUGUCAAGCUUGGCACUGCUUCUUCAGGGGCAGCCACGGUUACCAUAGCAACAAGUGGAAUGGCAGGGGCCAAAGGGGUGACCUUGGGCACUCCUGCUGUGGGUUCGUCACUUUCUCUAGGCACUGCUGCAGCCACGGUGAGACAAGUUCCUGUCACUGCUACAGUGGUGAGCACACAACCAGGGAAGUUACCUGCAAGAAUCACAGUGCCUUUGUCUGUUCUUAGUCAACCUCUGAAGAGCAAAAGUGUAGUCACUACACCAAUACUGAAAGGAAACCUCAGUACUAAUAUCGGUAAUCUUGGAAGGAAUAUUAUUCUGACCAGCAUGCCAGCAGGCACCAAGCUCAUUGCCGGGAACAAGCCUGUCAGCUUCGUUACAGCUCAGCAACUGCAGCAGCUGCAGCAACAGGGCCAGGCCACACAGGUUCGUAUUCAGACUGUACCAGCACAGCAACUUCAGCAGCACGCAGCAUCCAGCUCCCCUAAAUCUACAGUGUCCACUGUGGUGGUGUCCACUGCCCCCUCAGCCAAAACAACUCCUGACCCACAGUAAUGUCCAACAUCUUAAAUCAGAAUGCAAGCACCAUUUGGGGGAAAGCCAGUGUUUGCCUGAGCUCUGGAAGGUCUGAAAUACCACGUUUGUGAGUCCCAUGUUCGGGUGCUCCAUGUUGGGUGAAAAGAUAGAUGACCACCACAAAUAUUAAUUUACCUUGAACCACAACCCUUUAUGAAGUAAAGAGACAUCCUGUUUUGUGAUCUGAAUGGAUUCCUUAUAUGUUGUGUAUACAGUGACAGUCAUCGUGUUUAAUAUUUGUUUCCUGUUUACUAAAAAAAAAGAUUUUAUUGUUGUGAAAUUUGGAUUCUAUCAUCUUAAAUAAAUGUCCUUUAUUUGGUUUAA